CUCAACAAAACCCUUAAGAAAACUCUCACAUCCCUCGGUGGUUGCUGCUCGGCGGUGUUGCUGGUGGUUGCUGCUCGGCGUUUCUGCUCUGCGGUUUCUUCUCGGUGGUUGUUGAUCGGCGUGCAGUCGUUGCUUCUCUUCUACGCUUCUUUGCAGUGUUGCUGCUUCUCUUCUACGCUUCUCUGCGUAUUCAUAGCAGGACAAUAUGGUGAUCCUGCCACCGGUCAGAGCUCCAAGAAUCACCGAGUUUUUGAAGCCAUAUGUGCUAAAAAUGCACUUCACAAACAAAUUUGUCCAUGCUCAAGUCAUCCACUCUCCAACAGCUACAGUAGCUGCUUUUGCAAGCUCACAGGAAAAGGCCUUGAGACCGACCAUGGGCAUCACACGGGAUGUGUCAGCUGCUUCAAAAAUUGGGAAGAUUCUUGGCGAGCGCUUGCUUGCUAAGAACAUUCCUGCUGUUUCAAUCUUCUUGAAGAGAGAACAAAAGUAUCACGGUAAGAUUAAAGCAGUGGUUGAUAAUAUGAGAGAAGCUGGUGUGAAGUUACUUUAAAUUGAGGCUGAAGAACUGCAUUUACGGAUGAUUUAGGUUUCUAGAAGUUAGGUAUAAUGUCUGAAGCAACUCUUCUAUGGCGAUAUGAAGAAUGUAUCUGAAUCCCAGUAAUGAAUAGUAAGAAUCUGAUUGGAGCAUACUUUCCCUUUCAGAUAUUGUGGUAGAAAAAUGAAAUGUGGUUAUGCAUCAGCCUGUGUAUUGAAUUCAUUGGCAAGAUUGAACUCUCUUGCCUGUUUCCUUUCUGUUGAAUAAGAAGAAGUCUGAAAGUUGGUGGAA